AUAAAGUCAAGCACGUGCACCAGGUAUCAUUUUAUUUCUUGGUGAUUGAAGCAAUGGGAGCUGUUUGGGUCUUUCAUUUUUGUGUCCUGACUGUUUGGCUUGCCAAAGGUUCUUGUUGGCUAGCUACUGACACAAAAGGAAAACGGAAUAAUGAUCUGUCUGAUCAGCUCUCCAUAAAGAACGCCCUUGAACGUUUCCAGUUAAAGGAGAUUGCGUUGGAGCAACGUGCUGCUGAAGUACAACUGGAAACCAAUCAAGUGGAAACUCAGGCUGUAGUUGGCCAUGUGAGGCUUCAGGAGAAGCUUGAGACCAGUCCCAACCAGCUCAAGACCAAGGGAAAUAAUCUUCAGCUGGAACAGCUGAAGUGGAGUGACAGCCCCAACAUAAACCUGACUUUCGGCGACAGCAACCCCGAAAGCUACAUGAAUGACUUCACCGGGAUGUCUAGUGACAGCAACUUCAACGUGACGUCUGGCGACGGCUACUUCAACGUGACAUCUGGUGACAGCAACUUCAACGUGACGUCUGGCGACAGCUACUUCAACGUGACUUCUGGCGACAGCAACUUCAACGUGACGUCUGGAAACAGCAAUUUACUGAAGACUUCUGGAGACAGCAACUUCAUCGAGACGUCUGGAGACAGCAACUUCAUCGAGACGUCUGGAGACAGCAACUUCAUCAAGACGUCUGGAGAAGGCAACAUCAUCAUGACGUCUGGAGACAGCAACUUCAUCGAGACGUCUGGAGACGGCAACAUCAUCGUGACGUCUGGAGACGGCAACUUCAUCGAGAUGUCUGGAGACAGCAACUUCAACGCGACGUUGGGCGACAGCAACUUCAACGCGACGUUGGGCGACAGCAACUUCAACGCGACGUUGGGCGACAGCAACUUCAACGCGACGUUGGGCGACAGCAACUUCAACGCGACGUUGGGCGACAGCAACUUCAACGCGACGUUGGGCGACAGCAACUUCAACGUGACGCUGGGUGACAGCAACCCCAACAGCAACAUGACGUCGGGCGACAGCAACUUCAACGCGACGUUGGGCGACAGCAACUUCAACGCGACGUUGGGCGACAGCAACUUCAACGCGACGUUGGGCGACAGCAACUUCAACGCUACGUUGGGCGACAGCAACCCCAACAUGGAGAGAAAAUUUAAGAAAACUUGAAGGGGGUUCUAGACCAGAAAGUAAGGCUGGCCAGAAGAGAUGUGUCUCAAAUAACUUUUUGGAGAUUCCAAACCUUAAGUCAACCUUGUCAAAAUCAGGAUCUGAAUUGGUCUAUUGAGACUCAUUCAAGUAGGGAAUAGGUUGUGGGAUCCAUGCAAGAGUUCAUUUGCAUCACAGAUGUUUCUGCAUUUACCUGCUAUGUCUUUUUAAAUAAAAUGGUUAAAUGGUA